GGGUCAUCUCAACCAUAUUUAAACUCCUCUUUCCUUCAUUCCUCCAUCCACUCCUCUCCUUCUCGCCUCGAUUUCCGUGCAAAUGGACAGAGAAUGGGGAUCAAAGCCGGGAAGCGGCGGCGCCGCCUCCGCCCAAAACGAAGCAAUCGACCGCCGUGAACGGCUGCGCCGGUUGGCAUUGGAAACAAUAGACUUAGCGAAAGAUCCGUAUUUCAUGAGAAAUCAUUUGGGAAGCUAUGAAUGUAAGCUGUGUUUAACGUUACAUAAUAAUGAAGGGAAUUACUUGGCGCAUACGCAAGGGAAGAGGCAUCAGACUAAUUUAGCUAAACGAGCUGCGAGAGAAGCUAAAGAUGCACCUGCUCAACCUCAGCCGCAUAAGCGCAAAGUCACUCUCAAAAGAAACGUUAAAAUUGGUAGGCCUGGCUACCGAGUGACCAAGCAAUUUGAUCCAGAGACAAAACAAAGAUCUCUUCUAUUCCAGAUUGAAUAUCCUGAGAUUGAAGACAACACAAAGCCAAGGCACCGAUUCAUGUCCUCCUUCGAGCAGAAAAUCCAACCAUUUGACAAAAGAUAUCAGUUUCUUCUGUUCGCCGCUGAACCAUAUGAGAUCAUUUCAUUUAAGGUUCCAAGCACCGAGAUCGACAAAUCAACUCCAAAGUUUUUCUCACAUUGGGAUCCAGACUCGAAAAUGUUUACUUUGCAGUUGUACUUCAAGACUAAGCCACCCGAGACUGUCAAACCACCAACCGCUCCUACAGACAACGGGUUGUCAGCACCUGGUGCUUCAUCCAGGCCUCUACCUCCACCACCUCAAGCUCCACCACCACCGCCACCACAAGGUCUUCCUCCUGGAGCUCCAAAUCCACCCAGAGGCCCACCAUCCGCCCCUGGUUCAAUGCCUCCACCCCCUCCCCCAAUGGGUAACGGACCUAGACCUAUGCCACCAGGAGGUAACUUACCUGCCCCACCACCUCCUCCAGUUGGCAGUGGCGCAAUGGCUAAUUUCACUCCAGGUGGACACAUGGGGAGACCUCCAAUGAUGCCUCCACAAGGUUUUCAAGGUCAACAGAUGCAAGGCCAAGGAAUGCGCCCACCGCCUCCACCACCCAACAUGGGUUGAUGAACUGAAGUCAUGUUACCUUACCUUUAAUGCAUUGAGUUCGUCUUUUGUAGUGAUUUUCGACUUUGUGUAGCGCUCUUCCGGUAGGGGUCAGAUGCUGGUUAAACCUUACGAGAUCAUGUUAUGUUACCUGAAACUGUCGCAUCUAUAACGCCGAUUCGUCCAUCUUGGUAGGCUUUUAAGGCAGAUGUAAUAGGAUACUGUUCACAUUUUCGAAGUAGCUUAUUGCUUUUUAGAUACUGUAUCAAAUGAAAGUAAAUUUGUUGCCAA